AGGGGCUAUAAAAAGCGAAAGCAGCGUGCUGGAUUUGCUCAUAAAGACCGCAAAACUGCAAAAGUCCACUACGAAGCCAGCUGGAAGCAAAGGAUUACCACAAUGGUUAGACCCAUUUACCUGGCCCUCGCCGCUCUGUUCGUAUUGACCUGCUCUGUUGGUGCAGCUCCAUUGGCGGAGACGGAAAUCAAUACCACGGAGGAGUUAGCCGUCUCAAAACAGGAUCCGCAGGUUGUGAACUCCAGUGCCGAUAGCAGUGAGGAGAAGGACGACGAGGAGGAGGAGGAGCAGGCUCAGAAGGUCGAGGAGGACGAUGAUGAUGAAGAGGACGACGAAGACGAUGACUCGCUGAUCCGGAGACGUCGUGAGGCGGAGACCACUGAGGAACCUUCGGAGGAGGCUGCCACCGAAAUUCCCAGCGAGGGUCAGAAGGUGGAUGCCACCACUGAAGCAGCUCCAACGCGAAAACCCGUACUCGUGCUCAUCCGGGAUGCCCUGAAGAAGGUCACCACCGAUCUGCCCACCGCCCAGGUGGCCAACAAUGCGCUGCAGUACUUCCAGCAGUUCGAGCACUUCAUCCAGCAGGCCAUUGAGGAGGUAAUUGGCGAUGACGAUGACGAGGAGGAGACUCCAGCGACAGUUGUUCCCGAAACGGAAACCACAAUCGAGGACAACAAGAAGCCCGAGGGUGAGAACGCGGAGAAGAUCCCGGAAGUUGAGAUCCCUGCUGCCGUUUCCGAAAAGGAGACCCUCGCCGUGGAACCCAUGAAGAUGGAGGAGUCCGCCUCCUCGACUUCCGCUCCACUCAGCAAUGCUGUCUAGUCUACAAAUUUAGAUCAACCACAUCAUUCCUCAGCUAUUUAUUGUCACCUAUUUAUUGCUAACUAUAAAUUGUACGCCAUAA